AUGGAAGCGGGGGACCUACUCAAUCAAACCACCUUAGUGACACACAUUCGGCUUAGAGGCUUAUCUGUAGAUCAGAGGGUGCAGAUGGCUGUGUUUGCCAUGUUCCUCACUUUCUACGUCCUGACACUGGCUGGGAACAUCCUCAUUGUCAUAACUAUUAUCUACGACCGCCGGCUUCAUACCCCCAUGUAUUUCUUCCUCAGUAACCUGUCUUUUAUCGAUGUGUGCCACUCCACUGUCACUGUCCCCAAGAUGCUGGUAGACACAUGGGCAGAAGAGAAGCUUAUCUCCUUUGACGGCUGCGUCACUCAGAUGUUUUUCCUGCACCUCUUCGCCUGCACCGAGAUCUUUCUGCUCACCGUCAUGGCCUACGACCGGUAUGUGGCCAUUUGCAAGCCCCUGCAGUACCUGACGGUGAUGAGCUGGAGAGUGUGUGUGCUGCUGGCUGUAGCCCUGUGGGUGGGGGGGACAAUCCACUCCAUAUCGCUGACCUCCCUCACCAUCACGCUGCCCUACUGUGGUCCUGAUGAGAUUGACAGCUUCUUCUGCGAUGUGCCUCAGGUGAUCAAACUGGCCUGCACGGAUACCCACAUCAUUGAAAUCCUCAUCGUCUCCAACAGCGGCCUGAUCUCCGUGGUGUGUUUCGUGGUCCUCGUGGUGUCCUACGCGGUCAUCCUGGUGAGCCUGCGGCAGCAGAUCUCCGAAGGCAGGCGCAAGGCCUUAUCCACCUGUGCGGCCCACCUCACCGUCGUCACACUGUUCCUGGGACAUUGCAUCUUCAUCUAUUCCCGCCCAUCCACCAGCCUCCCGGAAGACAAGGUGGUGUCUGUGUUUUUCACGGCCGUUACCCCCCUGCUGAACCCCAUCAUCUAUACUCUUAGGAAUGAAGACAUGAAGAAUGCCUUGAACAAGUUAAUGGGAAGGUUGGAGGGGAAAGGUAAAAAAUGA